AUGGAAGAGUUGGACAUAGUGAUAGUUGGAGGAGGUAUUUCUGGUCUUGCAACUUCUCUUGCUCUUCACAGGAAGGGUAUGAAGAGCGUUGUGUUGGAGCGAUCGGAGUCGGUUCGAUCGGAAGGAGCGGCAUUUGGUAUUCAAACUAAUGGCUGGCUUGCUCUUCAACAGCUCGGUGUUGCGGAUACGCUUCGUCUUAAUUCUUUGCCGAUUGAUCAGAUAAGGGAUGUGUUGAUCGAGAAGGGGACCAAACUUAGAGAAACGGUUGGACCGGCGUCGCAUGGAGAAGUAAGAGGUGUAAUGAGGAAUGAUUUGGUCCGAGCUUUGGCUCAUGCUCUUCCUCUUGGAACUCUCCGGCUUGGUUGUGAAAUUGUUUCGGUGAAGCUCAACGAAACGAUGUCGUAUCCGAUUGUUCAAGUUUUGAUUGGUUGUGACGGGUCGAAUUCUGUAGUCACUAGAUUUCUAGGACUAAACCCGACUAAAGCCCUUGGUUCUCGCGCGAUCAGAGGGUUCACAAAGUACCCGGACGGCCAUGGAUUCAGGCAAGAGUUUAUAAGAAUCAAGAUGGACAACGUCGUAAGCGGACGAAUUCCUAUAACUAACAAACUCGUCUUCUGGUUUGUUGUAAUGCUAAAGUGCCCUCAAGUAUCGAGUUACGAUGAUGCCAAGGUAAAGUUUCUGAAGUCUGAGAUCGAUAUGUUGGACUGUGAAGUUGCCAAGCGUGGACGUCUUAUCACCAAACUCGGGAAGUUUCUUCCGUGUUGA